AUGAAUGACGAAGUACGCAGUCUAGAUGAUAUCGCAAUGGAUCUUGACAUUGAUCUAAAUUUAGAUCUAAACGUGAACAUGGAGAGAGACAUCCCUCUAGAUGCAGAUCCACUUCUAAAGGUACCACCUUCUCCUACGGUGAGUGAAGACUCCAUGAUUUUCGAAAGAAACGUUCAAGAGCAACCAUAUCUUUUGUCUUCUCAAAGUGUUAACACUAGCCAAACUACAGUUGAUGAUGGAAGUAGAAUCUCACUAAAAGGGAAAAAUUACCAAAACCCUACGAUGAAACAACAAUUUAUCGAUAAUCCAACUAUCUUCUCCCCUGUUCCAAUGAACCCAUCUUCAUCACUGGAUCUCAAUAACAUUAGACAAAGGAAACCAUCGUUGUCUGCGUCUUCUACAUCAUUAGCUUCUUCAAUUAGGUCAUCUUCAGUUUCAGUAUCAUCCUCAUCAUAUUCUUUUUCCAAUUUCAUCACUCAUCCGCAAACCCCUUCGAAGUUCAUAUACCUUGCAUCACCAUCAGCAUCACCAUCCUUUAACCAGAAAUUGCAAAAAAAUAACAGAGUAUCAUCAUCAAUUCCUUCUGUUCGUUAUAAUAAUCAUCAUCACCAUCAUCAACAUCACCACCAUUUAGAAAAUUUCGUAGCACCCGCAUUAGAUGCUAGUUGUUCCUUAAUAAAUGAUGAAAAUACUCAUUUUGAUGAUGUAGAUUUGAUAUUUUCUCAUAGACCUUCUUCAACAGCUGCCCUAAGUGAUGCUUUAAGAAGAUCCUCUUUCAAUUCUUUUGGUUCAUCUUUACAGAAUUUCCCUUCAUCUUCUUCCCAUUCAUCAGAUCCGGAUCCGGAUCCGGAUACUGUUGAUCCUGUUGAUUCAACUUCAAACGACGUACACAACUCUUCCUCUUCCUCUUCAUUAUCAUCCUCAUCACAAACAACAGUUACAUCCAAUAAUAAUGACAAUAAUGACAAUAAUGACAAUAAUGACAAUAAUGCUAACGACAAUAUCGACCAUAUAAACAAAGUAUCUGCAAAAGAGAGCAAGCCAAGAAUAUUAAGAUUUUAUUCUUUUGCAGAUAUGUUAUCUGAUGAAAUAUCAACGACCAUACAAAAUCCUUCUUGUAUUCAACAAUCAAAAUCGCAGUCACAGUUACCAUCAACAAAUUUUUUGAACCCAUUUAAUGCAAGAACAACCAAGAAUGUCAAUACCGAUACCAAUACCAAUAACAAUAAUUAUUCUAAUCGUUCAAGGGAAAAUUCUUCCUCUUUACUAUCACCAUUAGCAAAUUUAAAUUCAAGACGUUAUCCUUCUUCUUUACCUCAAUCCUCGAAGAAAUUAUCUUCACAUAGUAAUCCUUCCAUUCUAUCGGAUAAAAAUAAAAUUAAAAGUUUUGACUUCGAUUCUAGUGAAAGUGAAUAUGAUGAUUUUUCAGAUAUUGAGAAUGAUGGGAACAAAAAUACAAAUGAAAUAUCAUACAAAAACAACAAUAUAUUUUCGAAUAAAAACUUAAAUAAAUAUACUAAGUCAAGGUCACAAUCACAAUCACACACAACAAGAGGAUGUUUUUCAAAGAGUUCAACUUCAUUAAAAAAACCACAAUCCACUUCAGCAUCAUCAUCUUCAUCGUCAUUACUACUUUCAACACCCAUUACAACUGUUCAAUCCCCACCUUCUAUAUCAACACCAUCUCCUCUACUGAAAGCAAGAAGUUAUUCAAAUAAUAACAUUAAUAUGAGAAAUAUCAAUAUCGUUAGAAAUAAAAACAAUACCAAUACCAGUAAUUUUUGCCAUUCUCCUAUUCAACAAACGCAGAAAAAACCACCAACUUUAUCGAAACAAAAAGGAAAUACUUUAUCAACUUUACCAAAGUUGUCAUCAAUAACGAAUACCACUUUAAACAAUACAAAUACUAUUAAUUCAUAUUCAACAUCAAAUUCAACUUCAACUUCAAAUAUUCUAUCAAACACACCAGAAGAGACAAGAAAAUCCAAUUAUUCAUCUUCUUCCUCAACUCUAUCUCUACCACUAUCGCAACAAACUCUGCAACAAGCCAAAUUAAGUGCCAUACUGAGAUAUAAAAUUAAAAAUACCACUACAACUACCAAUACCAAUACCAAAACAACAAAAUAA